AGAAUACAGCUACUUCUUCGGCUUAAGAAUGACCGCUGGAAAUAUUGCCAUGAUUGUUCGACGCUUCAUCCAAGCGCCCUCUGUCGCGUCCGGCCGCAGAAGCCAUGCUGUUUCAAAUGCUACUUCCUUAAAGCAGAUUUUCAAUGUAUGCCGUAUGCAGGCAAGGUCGACAUCUGUCCAUGCACCAGUAUCAUAUUUCACGAUAAGCUUCAUUUGAUACGACAGUGUAAGGACACUCAAACAUAUAUACUACGUCCCGGCGAGAUAAUAUUUGGUGAUAAUGUCCCAUUGAAUGCCGACAGCAGGAAGCCAUAUGGGAAUCUCAGACAUGACUGCGAGUUUACAGGCCAUUCUUCCAUCGGGGUUCGAAUUAGGACUGAGUUUUGGCUUUCUGAGAUGGACAUGAGUUUAUGCGUGAUUAACCAAUAUGAAUUCAAAACACUUCACGAAAGUCCAUCAGUCAGCUUGAGCACUAUCCCAGUGUGCUCAUAUAAGGAUACGAAGAACUGGGUCAGGAGAGUCUUCCAUGAUGGUGGGUCGAGCUUUAGAGGCUGGGAAAAUAGCCGCUCUACGCACUUAUUAGAGCAUCGUGGCUGGGAAAGGGUGAAAUCUGGGGAAGAAACAUACACUUCCCAGGUAAUGAUAUUCAGGAAUUUGGGGGGUUGGAAGUGGCCUAACAAAGCUUGG